AUGCAAGCGUCGAGCAACGGACCCUUUGUGUGCAAAGCAAAAGGGGCAGAUGACGGACAAAGUGCAAUGGUACAGCGAAUCAACCCAGCGACAGAUUUUUACGAGAUGAAGUUUCGAGAGCUGCGAGCAACCGAAAGGAUGCAGGCGGGCAGGUUCAAGGAGGGAUGCGCUGCGCUAACAAAUCAUCAGCGGCAAGCUGAAAUCAGGAGCAAGCGGCAAGGCCAGCAGCACAGAGGCAGGCGACGGGACAAAAACAGAGGCGAGAAGCGAAUCAAGUGGCGAGGAUGGGGCGUUCUGGCAGCGAUGGGGCUUCGGACAGAGAGAAAUACCGAGCCUGGUGGGCGAGGCACACUUACUGUGAAAACAAAAGAAUUUGGGCCAGAGGCGAGCGGCUGCAGAGGUGAUGGUGAGAGCGAAAGACGGAUGCAAGGCUCGAUGUUGCUCGUGUUUGUGCACUUUGUCGGUGGGUUGGAACGAGAUGAGGUGAAACCCUGCACAUUCGACUCGCUGCAGCGCUUCCACACGCAAGUGCGUGAGAAAGUGCCUUAA